AUCUUAUUAAUAGUUUUUGGGUAACAACUGGUAACAACGGUUCAGUUUCCACAUUGUAGUUUAUAAGUUAAAUUAUAAACAAACUGCAAAUACGUUUCAAUAAGCGAAUUGAAUAUUGUUAAAAUGUGUGAUACAAUUUGUAAGAAGCAUCGCCUUCACGGUGGCAUUUUUAAUCAAACUUUACGUGACUGGAAUAGUUUGAAUGCGGAAGUGACUUGUAAAAAUCUUAUGUACCCCUUAUUUAUAAUAGAAAAUGACGAUGAAAUACAAGAGAUCCCGAGUAUGCCCGGUAUUUCAAGAUACGGGAUAAAUCAUUUAAAGAAACACCUUGAUUUGCCUGUUAAAUGGGGUUUAAAGUCAGUGUUACUUUUUGGUGUAACGGAAACCUUAACAAAGGAUGAAGUAGCUACUAAUGCAAAUAGCAAAGAUAAUCCAGUUAUAAAAGCAAUACCAAAGAUUAAAUCUUGGUUUCCUAAUUUAACAAUAGCUUGUGAUGUUUGCCUUUGUGCUUACACACUGCAUGGACAUUGUGGGAUCCUUAAUAGUGAUGGAUCUAUUGAUAAUUCUGCAAGCUUAAAACGAAUAGCUGAAGUUGCACUUUCUUAUGCACAAGCAGGUGCUCACAUUGUGGCUCCUUCAGAUAUGAUGGAUGGUAGAAUAGCAGCAAUCAAAGACAUACUUAUUAAAAAUAAAUUAGAAAAUAAAGUGGCAGUCUUAUCAUACGCUGCUAAAUUUGCAUCUGUAUUUUACGGUCCUUUUCGGGACGCUGCAAAAUCUGCUCCUUCGUUUGGGGACAGAAAAUGCUACCAAUUACCUGCAGGAAGCUCUGGAUUGGCAGUUAGAGCUGCUGAUAGAGACGUGGAGGAAGGGGCAGAUAUGUUAAUGGUCAAACCUGGGUUAGCUUAUUUAGACAUUUUAAGACAAGUGAAGGACGCACAUCCCGAAUAUCCGUUAUUUGUGUAUCAAGUUUCUGGAGAAUAUGCCAUGAUUUAUCAUGCUGCCAAGGCUGGAGCCUUUGAUUUACAAAACAGUUUAAAUGAGAUACUGAUAUCUAUGCGCCGUGCAGGAGCAGAUGUGAUAAUAACAUAUUUUACCCCAUUAAUUUUGGAAUGGCUUGAAACUCAAAAAUAAAUACCCUCUCUCUGUAUUUACGUUGUCGUUAUUAUUAUAUUAUUGGGAGCAGGUUUUGAUAAAUGGAAAUAGAAUUUCUUUGGAUUUCAUAAAUAUUAAUAAAAAUUAAAACAAAAAGAAACUAA